GUACGAUAUGUAUGUGCAGAGAAGAAAUUCCAGAGUUGAGCAGGCUCAAGAAAGGGAUAUAAACCUGCCCGAGCCCGUCGUGGAGCAUAACCAUCCACCGAAAAAGAUAUUCCUUUAUACCCCCGCCCCCCACUUCUUCUCCCUCUCUCAGGAUGGAUCCCGACCAGGUCUCCACUUUUGAACUGGCUGUGAACGGUGCCACGGAUGAGGGCUAUGAGAUACCCCAAUACUAUACCUCCGAGCAGCCAGCAGAAAUCCCCACUCGGUACUCCACUGCCCCGGAGGUGAUGGAGCCGGGUAUGCGCCGGAGGAUGGUUGGCGACAGCUCUUCCUCCACUUCCUCCUCACCUUCUGAGGAUGUCCCCGUUGACCGGCGGUUAUCACACAGUUACCUCCACCCAACACUCGAGAAGACAUCACACAAGCGUACCCCCCAGAAUGGGCCCGUAAACUGGUUCCUGACCGGCGUCCGGUACCGUUUCCUAGCCUCGCCCCACUUCUAUCGGCCACCGACGGUGCAGAGCCACCUGCCGUCGCUGAAGCUCCACCGGGACUCGAUGGGCCGCACGUACACCGGACUCGACGACAUGGAUCGGUAUAUGACGCCGGACUCGGCCGAGCUGCGGAAGCUCGUGGUUGCCGCUACCGACGAUAUCUACACACUCGACCGGCCGGGUGCGAACUCGUGGAGACGGACGCACGUGCGUAAUGUCGGGCCCCUGAUAGUACGGCUCGCCUACUGGCCCUUGAAAGAUAUUGAGGAAGAUUCCGGUUCGGCAAUAGAAGGCAGUGGGGACGCGGUGUGGCUGGUCGCAUUGAAGUGGCUACCAUCGGUGGUGGGACUGUUCUUUGUACUCCCGUGGCCGACACGCCUCGCGGUGACAGGGAACAGAGGCUUGUACGAUCCCUUCCCGUACCAAUAUUGGGGCUACCCGAAGGUAUUCAAGAACGUCCGCGAGAACCGCCAGGACUUUUCGGAAGAGCGGACACUCGAGGAUGUGGUGCUGAGUGCGGACUCGAUCACUCCGAACCCGACGCAGGAGCGGCUGCUGAGGCCGUCGUAUCUGUGCUAUCUCCACGAGCAGGGCACAGGAAUCCAGAUCGCAGUCGGCUCGAAGGAUCCAGUACGGAAUGGGGCAACUGCUACGCCAUACGUUUUCCUCGCAUUCUCGACAAGGCAGUUUGACGAGCGGAACGAGGCGGAUAUGGCGGCGCUCCAGGAGAUCGGCGAGGUUGCGGCAAGACAGGCGGGCGUGAAGGCGUUCUGGUGCUCCGCGAUGUGCAUGCCCUCAAGGAAAGUGCUGGCUCAGGAUAUGUACCGGAUGAGCGAUAUCAUCCGCGGGGCGGAGACCCUCGCCAUCGCUCUCAAGCCGAGCCACGACCCCGAACACUGGGAGGACACCAGGUCAACGGACCUUCUGGUCCAGUUCUCGGCGAGGAUGUGGACUUUCCCGGAAGUACUGCUGAGUCCCCAGCACAAGGAUAUCGUCGUGUACAAGAAGAACUUUGCCGAUGUGUCCAGUGAGAAGCCGGAGUCGAAGUCACUGGAUGUGGAGAUCAUUCCAAAGCGGGACUUUGCGCGGCGGGCAUGGAGCGAUGCCGCCGAGGCUCGCCAGCUGCUCGAUCACUACCUCGGCACUCAGAUUCUCAGCCGUCUGGAGCUGACGGUGAUCGCCUUCCGCUGCCUUCAUCGCCGACGAGUGAAGGAGCUUUACUUCCAGGGCGACCUGGCGUACGCCCUCAUGGGACUCCUCCGGCGCCGCCCAAAGAUCGAUAGCACCGACACCGAGUUCCAAGCCACGGCCCGCCUGUCUCUGGUGAACGACACCGACCGGCUCUUCGAGCGUCUCAUCUGCCUUCUCCCGCGGCUUCAAGGCGGACACUGGCUCACCAGCGACGAUGCCUGGGGCGCUUGUCCCUGGGAUAUCCAACCGCGCUGUCAGAUCGCGGGCAUCUGCGACAACGACACGGCAAUCCUCGAUGGCUGCCACGCCGCCGCAAUCCAAUGGGACGGUUUCAAGCGGGUCGUGUACACCCGGCGCGUCCGGUCGUGGAAGCGCUUCUUCGCCCGCCUCCUCUUCCGCCUCUGUCCCGUUACUUUGGUGAUCUUCGCCGUCAUAAUCAGCAGCACUGCGCCGUACCUCCGCGCCUCCAUGAGCCAAACCGGGUACCGGGACCCCUAUACAUUCCAACUGCAGUCCACCGCCAUUGCCUGCAUCAUCAUGUUGAUCGUAAACAUCUUCGUCCUUUUCACGGCGCCGUACCUAGUCAAGAUCGUCUACGGCGGCAAGAUCUGGGAGUGCGAAGCCCGCCUAUUCGGCUUCGAGGGGUACAUGGACAUCCAGACGAUCGAGGCGCACAUCUUCGGCCACGCAUUCGGCCGCAUGCGAUGGAGCGCCGCAGGAAGCAAGUUCUCGCGGCACUCGACCAACGAGCUCGGGGAGCGGGUCGGGCGCGACCCCACCGACGACCCGAAACUACGUAGGAUCAUCAACAAGGCAAAGAACAGCCCCUUCGGCGCGCAAAAGGUGUUUACCAUCGUGGACACGCUCUCACUGACCGUGCACAUGAUCACCGCCGUGCGCCCACCAGUGAUGGCCCUGGUCGCCGGCAGCGAGGGGGGAAUGCUCCGCGCGGUGCUGUGCUCGUACGACUGGAAGACGCAGACGCUCUUUCGCGAGUCGGUGCUGCGCAUGGAAACGCCGAGCAUCGACUAUAUGACUCGCAUUUCGAGGGUCAGGUUCGGGUUCGAUCGGCCGAUGCCCCGUACGAAGGUUGUGCAGCCGACAGUGUUGACGAGGGAGAAAGGUAUAGAGGACCUGGAAAAGGGUACGUACGAUAAGGUUGCGAGGUAAUGGGUCUGGUAAUGGCGUUUUGUUUUGAUUCGGUUCGGUGCUGGGGCGUGUUGGGAAUUUAUGGCUUUUUGGGGUUUUGUUUUAAAGGUGUGAACGUGAAUGGUCGUUAACGUCGAGAGGGGGGUUGUCGUGCGGACGGGAGAAUCAAUGAGCAAGUACGGUUCAUUAUUGAAUGGGCUGGAUGGGAAGGGUUAGAGUAAAGAGCUUAGAAUACCAUGUGG